UAAUUUCUCUCUUUCAAAGCUUUUACCGGAAGAAGACACAAAUCUUUGUGAACUGCGCAAGCAAUAGGAAUAGGUUCUUUCUCCCCAUACAUUAUCCACGUCCUGAGAGACACGCUUUUUCAUUCAUCAUUCCCUCUUUGAUGGAACCAAACAAAUUCUGACCGAAUAUAAGGUAGGUAGGUACCUUAAGGUAACAUGUUUUCUGGUUGAAUUUGAUUGGGACGAUGAUGUCGUUGCAACAAUCAAGCUUCUGUGUUACUCCUUCCUCGCUUUUCAGCCAUUCACUCAAACAAAGGAACCAACUUCGUCUUCACCAACAACUGGGUUCCUUUCGUUUUCCUAGAAAGGUUAAAGCUUCUACCUUUAUAGUUUCUUCUUCUCUUGGUGCUGGUUUUUUCAAUGAUAUCGCUCAAAUUGCCCAGAAUAAGGUUCUGAUUGCAGCUGGAGUUUCUAUGGCAAUUGGGCAAUUUUCUAAGCCAUUUACUUCUGUGUUUCUGUAUGGCAAAGAGUUUGAUGUCAAGGCUCUUAUUCAAGCGGGAGGUUUCCCUUCGUCACACUCUUCUGCAACAGUGGCUUGUGCAACACUCCUUGGCCUUGAGAGAGGCCUCUCAGAUCCCAUUUUUGGUCUUGCACUUGUUUAUGCUGGUCUGGUUAUGUAUGAUGCUCAGGGUGUAAGAAGAGAAGUAGGGAUUCAUGCUAGGACAAUGAACAAACUACUUCUCAAUAUGCAUGUCAACUAUUUACAUUCCAAACAUAAAGAUGCUUUGAUCAACUCUCAAUCUGGUUCAUCCAUUCCACCAAAACUAGAAGAAACUCAUGAAACCACUUCUUUGGAAGCACAACAAGCCAAUGCACGUGUAUUAGUUAAACGAGAAGGCGAAAAAAGGCAAAGUGAUGAGGAGUUACUAUCAUCCUCUGGCUUCUCAGAAGAAAUCUCAAACUUGGUUGCUGAUGGUUUACUGCCAUUUAAAGAAUCUGUUGGUCAUACUGAUGUUGAAGUCGUAGCUGGUGGUUUACUUGGAUUUUUGGUGGGUUUGGCUGUGUUUAAUUUAAAGUAGUCUUGAUUUUUGAUGAAGUAUUUUAGAAAGGGAUCCUUAUAUUGAAUAGGUUAUAGAAAUGAAAGUAAAAAAAGAGUUCAAGUAUAGCUGAAUUUAUGGUUGGGUUCUUUGAACAAAUAUUAUAAGUAUCAUAAAGUAUUUAAUUUUAUCAACUGAAAAUAAAAUAACCAAACAUGAUGUCUUA